GUCAAAUAAUGAUUCCUGAGACCUGUAAUUACAGAGCCAAACGGAGCUAUAAUCUCGCGCUAACCACUAUGCCCUGGACAAGGUGCAUAAAUUAGCUCCGUACAGAAACCGGGGGAGAAGUGGGCAUUGGAGAGGCAUUCUAACGGGGAAUCUGGGUUAAUGAAGGAUGUCAGAUGGCGGAGCAGUGCUGGAGCCGACCGCGACAUGGCCAAUAUAUUGCACCUCCGAGCAGGCGCAGACAUGUUCUCUUGGUCAACAUGAUUGGGUCAAGUCCACUUCGUGCAAUGAGCACAAGGGUGAGCGAGCAAGUGGAAGCCCUAUCUCCUUCAAAUGAAGCUGGGUGCAUUUAUAUGGACCCCAUGCCAUUAAACAGCAGUCGGAAUUACCGUCUCCAUCAAAGGCAACUUGCAUUGGCAUGGGAAUCGGUCAGGUUAUCUCAACUUGAUCCUCGGGUUGGCAAGUUCUUUGACCUCGCCAGUGUCAGCUUCCUCGUCACGUUUUGA